ACAAAAAGCAGCUUUUAUGAUCUCGUGCUUAUUACUUUGUUUUGUUUGUGCGCUUAAAGAAAGUACGUAAAAUUUUGCGUCGUCCAAAAACUGGUGGAGAAAUGAGCAAUCUCCUUUUUCGUUAUGGCAUAAGAAAAAAGUUAUCACUUCCCUUCCAAACGGUCAACAAAACCAAGAGCCAAUUCAAGGGCCAGAAAUUCCUAGACAUUUUAGCACCAAAGCCAAAUGUGACCAAUAAUUAUCAAAAAUAUCUUAACCUCAUUGAGGACUUUCUUCAAACAGAUUCUGAACAAAAUUGUACAAAACACGCAUUGCAUAAACAACUGUCUUUUCCAUAUUCAAUGGAAGAUUCAAUCUCAUUGCUUUUUAAGUUUCAUAAAGAAGGGUCUAAAAAUGGGGUGAGUAUAUUUUCAAAUGCUAUGUGUUUAUGUGCAUCAAAGAGAGAUUUUAGGGUAGGGAUUCAAGUUCAUUGCUUGGUGAUUGUAAAUGGGUUUUUGUCCAAUGUUUAUAUUGGCAGUUCUUUGAUCACAUUUUAUAGCAAUUUUGGAGGAGUGGUGGAUGCUUACCAGGUGUUUGACGAAAUGCCUGUGAGGAAUGUUGUGUCUUGGAGUGCUAUGAUAAAUGGUUUUGCACAAGAGAAUGAGGUCGAUAUGUGCUUGAAAUUGUAUAAGGGUAUAAUGGGCUUGACAUUGAAACCUAAUGAGUUCACGUUUACGAGCUUGCUGAGUUCGUGUAUGGGUAGUGGGUGUUUUGGUCAUGGCAGGAGUGUUCACUGCCAAAUAAUUCAUAUGGGUUUUGACUCCUAUAUACAUGUCGCAAAUGCCCUUUUAUCAAUGUAUUGUAAAUGUGGGGAAGUAAAGGGUGCUUUUCUCAUUUUUGAAAGUACGAAGAGCAAAGAUUUGGUAUCAUGGAACUCGAUGAUUUGUGGAUAUGGACAGCAAGGACAUGCAAUUCAAGCUAUUGAACUUUUUGAGGAAAUGAAGAAGCAAAAAGUAAGACCUGAUUCCAUUACUUUCCUUGGGGUGUUAUCUUCUUGCCGCCAUGCAGGUUUUGUUAAAGAAGGUAUGUUUUACUUUAAUUCAAUGGUUGAUUACUGUGUGAAGCCAGAGCUGGAUCAUUAUUCAUGUAUUGUAGACCUUCUCGGACGAGCACGGUUACUAGAAGAGGCUCGGGAGUUUAUCAAGAAGAUGCCAAUUCAGCCAAAUGGUGUCAUCUGGGGUUCAUUGCUUAUGUCGUGCAGGCUUCAGGGGAACUUUUGGUUGGGCAUCGAGGCUGCAGAGAAUAGGCUUGCGCUGGAACCGUGGUCUACCUCUACCCACUUGCAGCUGGUAAAUUUGUACGCUAGUUUAGGAUACUGGGAUCAGGCAGCGAGAGUGCAGAAGUUGAUGAAAGACAAUGGACUUAAAAGGGAUCCUGGUUAUAGUUGGAUUGAGAUAAACAGUCAAGUUUUUCGCUUUACAGCUGAAGACAUAUCGACGGGACAUAUUAAAUCAAUUGGUAGUUUGGUGGAUAUUUUGGUGGAUCACAUGAGUAACUUUGGUGUAGAAGAAAUUUUGCUUUGAUAUGAGCCAAAUUCUUCUUGGCAUAUAUCAGGGAUAACCAUUUUGACUUGGGACAACAGCAUGAGUACAAAGAAAUUGUUAAAAAAAUACCUUGAGCUUAAUUUAACUCCAAAAGCUAGUUCAUUAGGCGAAGAUUGCCGAAGACUGUAUAAGAAGACAACAGGUAAUUCCCAAGACCAUAUAAGAACACAAUAGGUAAUUCCCUCAAUCCAUAUGAGCCAGUAUUUGGAGCAUGCACAACAUAACACGGAGGUCCAACAUUGGGUAAACAAAGAAUAGAGAUGGAUUACUAAAAGGACAGCCCGGUGCAUGAAGCAUCCUGCAUUCACGCAGGGUCCGGGGAAGGGCUGUACCCUAAGGGAUGUGAUGCAGGCAGGCUACUCUAAUGCAAACAUCAGAGGCCGACUUUAAUACUAUGUUAGGAAAAUAAAUCUUGGACUUAACUCAACUCCAAAAGUUAGCUCAUAAGGUAAGGUUUUCAAGAGCAUAGUAGGAGACAAUUGGUCAUUCUGUCAAGCGUAUUCAUCCCAAGAAUAGUAAUGUGUAGUAGAUAUGAGAUUCUUGCACUGGUAUGAAGCAGAUUCUUCUUGGCAUACAUCAUGGAUGACCAUUUUGAGAACAACUGUAUGAGUGCAAAGAGAUGAUCCUAUUCUGUCAAACAGAUAUUCAUGCUUCAUAGUACCCAAUACAGAUAUACAAAUGGCUAAAAUUGUGGCAAACUUAGUGAGAGGAUCUAGUAUUGUUUUACAAUACAGUCAAUUUCAAUUGAACCCUUCCGUAUAAUGCUACAUCCUCCCCUUAGCAACUGCAGGCGCUUGUUUUCUCUUCUUGAUGGAUAGCCUCUUUUUCUACGGUCAAGAAAAAUCAGCGUGAAGACGGUGAGUUAAGAUACCAGAAGAAUCGGGGUAUAUAUAUAUACAUACACACACACACUAGCUCGCCUGGAAUAAGAUAACCUUGAAGAAAAUUGGGGCCAGGAGGAGGAUAUUGCUUUCUCCAUGGAUCAUUCUUUCUGAAAACGGUCUCUUUAUUUAUGAACUACUUUAGGUUGAGAUACUGUAUCCUCGAAAACCAAAAAAUUAGAAAUGAGAGUAGUGCAAAAAAUGAAGAUGACACGGUCAAGCAACUGCAGGCUCAGUUUGAUCUUCCUGGUCCAGCUUUAAUAGAGAAGGCCAGCGACCAAAGAUGCUUUCCACAAGUCUCAUUUCAUCCCAGCUAUUUGUAGCUUCAGACUCUUGCCUGACAUGGUAAUUAUAGGCAUCAUCCUUGUCUCCAGCAUUCAAUUCUCAUAACCACCGAUUACCUAUGGAAACAGGCUGUGAAUCAUCGGCAUAAUGGCAGCCAUGCUGUAUUACUUCACCUGUGAACAAGUCAUCUGAUUUCUCGGGGUUGUUUACAUAACUAGGUACAAAAUCAUCUUUGCAGGUGCCAACAAAGUAGGAUACAAAAUCCCCUAGCCAGUUUGUUGUUCACCCCAUCAUUGUAGGGCAAGAGUCCAUUUCCAUAGAAGGUGUUUGUUGAAAAGUGAGUCUUCUUCUUCCUUAUUCCCCCAAAAUUAAAGCUGUUGUCCUGAUAGAGUCUGUCUUGAUUGGACGGAAGUGGCUCCCCGUAAGGGCAACCGUCGCCAUAGCUUACGUCAUACCAAGUGAGGUGAUAAGACUCAAAGGAGUCACAUUCAAGCUCACUGAGUGCUGAACUAAAAUCACACAUGAGAAGAUCACAGAACUCAAGGAGUCAAUACUUCGCUACACAAACAUGAAAUGAUGGGUUCUUGCUUCUGCUGAAGAUGUUCUGCUACUUAUUUAAUCAACAAAAAGAAGAAAAAGAAGGAAGAGAAUCUGCUGGUGCAGAGAGUAUGGUCUAUGGUUCUACCUAUCAGAAAAACAGGACAUGGUCUGUAAUUCUGAUGCUUUUUUUUUGUUCCACUGUAUUUCUGAUGCUCGCCUAUCAAUUAUCUACUACAAAAGGGUAAAAAGUUUCACGAGUCGCCCUAUUUGGUCACCCCCAUUUAACUUGUACCCAUUUUUUUUAAAAAAAGUUUGACUGAUACCCAAUAUUUGGGUAACUUGAGAUACACUUUUAA